AUGACGUUGAGAUGGGACGCCAAUCUUAAAAGGAUCGCCCCCAAGGCGGCUAGGAGUCGUCACCCCGGUCUGCCGCUGGCUCAAGUCCUCAAGCAGGCACGCAGGGCAUAUCGCAGCAUCGCAAGCUACGUCGUGGGCGGCGAGUGCCGGGCCCCGAGGCAGUGGGCAGGCCGCAGCAAAUACGGGUUGCAGCGUCUUUUGGCCAGCUUCUCCAGGGCUCCUGAGGACGAAUACGAGCAGGAAUUGAGGGUUUUCCAAUCGAGCGGCGUUGUGCUCGAUACGGCACCCGAUGGCCUUGGCUACUCCAUCACAGAAGUAUUGGCGUCCCGCUCCGCAGGUAACGGUACUUUAGAGGAGAAGGACGAUCCCUGCUUCAAGGGCAAAUGGCCCCUGUUGCCUCGCAAACAGGCACGUUCAAGUUUUCCAACAAGUACGAUCCCUACAGGCCACGCAUACUGUGGGAUGAGAGUCAAGGACCGGCCGGCAGGGCAGAACGUUGCGCAACCGUCGAACCGAACGGCAAGCCGCAACGUCCAGUCUCCUCAGUCUCUCGCCUGGGAUCGAAGCUCUCGCGGGUGGCCAAAAGACACCGCAGCCGCCCCCGUAGCAACGCGGCUGACAGAGGUGAUAGGGCGGGCGCUAUUCUGGGAGCUGGAGCGGUCAGAUGAUGUGUCUAGAAGUUCCCCUCAAGUUCUCAACGGCUAA